AUGAAAAAAUACCAGUUAAUUGGCCGGAAAAAGGUGGCGUUCAAUCGCCGCACUGAUGGAGCCUACCCUCCGCUUCACAUCUGCCUGCUUCCAUUCGAAGUGCUCCUCCAGAUCUUGUCACACGUGCAGAAAAACGUCAACGACUUGCUCCUGCUUGCGUUGACAUGCUCCAAGCUCAACACCAUAAUCCUGAAAUUCUUCUUGUACCGCAAACUAAGCUUUCUGUCGGCCUUGAAAUUCGACAGCUUUGCCCAGGCGCACCUACCGCAUAAGAUCUCAUCGUUGGCACGUCGUUUUGUCUCCAGCGAGCCGAGUGGCAAGAUCAAUUUCAUCACAUCGGUACACUUUGUGAACCCGCCGACGUACAGCAAUUUCAACGCCCAUACCCAUAUCGCCGGAAGCUAUGCGGUGGAUACCCUGAAGUCAGAUUUAUCGGAGUAUCGCUAUUUUGUCAAGAGCUUGCAAUCUUUGCUCAACGAAGCGUUUGGCUUGAAGGAAGUCAGGCUCUCAGAAAUUUCUCCCCAGUUCGACUUUGCGCCCGAGCUCGUGGAAUCGGCGUCCCUCCUGGGGCUCAAGUCCCGUUUCAAGUCCCACAAGCAAACCCGCUGUCUUGAGAAGCUCGUAUUGACCGCACAGUCCGGAUGGACCAUACCGUUCAAAGCGAGUCAUGUGUCCCUCUUCACAAGCAUUUUCCAGAGAAUCUCAAUUUUGCACCUCAACAAUUUCGUAAUCAACGAGCAAAAGCUUGUUUCCGAGUCUCCGUCACAUCCUCCCUCGAUCGAAUCUUUGCUGUUGUCUGCGUGCAUAUAUGUUGACUCCAAAAAAACGGCCAAAAGAAAAUGCGUGGGACUUUUCGUGGAAACAUCAUCGCUCGAAAUGUCCCUCAUGCAGCAUGGCACGGAUCUCUCGCUCAUCGAUCUUGUGAAAGUUAACGACAAGCUUUCCAGGUUGAGCAUUGACAUAAGCUCGGCUAUAUUUUACCACGUGGACUCUGCGGAUAACAAACCGAAGUUCAAUUUCACCAAGUACAACAACUUCUUUAAGUUGGUCUGCUCUGGCGCAGGCGGCUACGCGAAUCUUAAGGAGAUCGUUUUGACGAGCUUUGACCUUUUCCAUACUUUUUCGCAUCAGCACGAAAAGAGCACCCUCGAUGUUAUUCAAGAGGAAGGGUCUGAUGGAUUUGAGUCUCUUUCGAAUACAUUCGAGGGUUUUUUGAAGAAUUUAUCGGCAAUUCCGUUCUUGACGAUAGUCGUGAAAGAAGCUCCCAAAGUUGUGCGCACUUGCAAGAACUGUGGAUUUACCAUCAAAGAAGAUACGAAGAAAAUAUCAAGCCUACGUCAAGACGAGUGGUACAUUAUUCUUGCACCUAUUCUAUUGAACAACAAAUGUUCUUUGGUUGUCUACGAUCACAAAUUGCAAACUCUUUUUUCAAGAAGAAUCAUGUAUUAA